AAGUGGACCCUCUGGCAGGUGAUAACUUGCCCCUGAGAUGGAAGUGCCAAGUGUCAAAGACUUCCAGUGGAAAACUCUGGCUCCUUUGCCCAGCCCAAGGGUUUAUUGCUCCCUUGUGGAGGCUGGUGGGCAAAUCUUCGCUAUUGGGGGUUGUGAUGACAAUGGAACUCCCAUGGACUGUUUUGAGGUCUACUCUCCUGAAGCUAACCAGUGGAAUUCUCUUCCCCCAAUGCCUACAGCCAGGGCUGGAGUUGCUGUAGCUACCCUAGGCAAGAGGAUAAUGGUGAUCGGAGGAGUUGGAGCUAACCAGAUGCCCUUGAAGAUUGUGGAAAUGUACAACAUAGAUGAGGGCAAGUGGAAGAAGAGGAACUCCUUGCGGGAAUCCUCUAUGGGGAUCUCUGUGUCUGUAAAAGACUACAGGAUCUAUGCAGCAGGUGGAAUGGGAGUUGAUCUGCACCCUCAUAAUUACAUGCAGCAUUAUGACAUGCUGAAGGACAUUUGGGUGUCACUGGCAAACAUGCCCACACCCAGGUAUGCUGCCACCUCCUUCUUGCGGGGCACAAAGAUCUAUGUGCUAGGUGGAAGGCAAUCCAAAUAUGCUGUGAAUGCCUUUGAAGUCUUUGACACUGAGACUAGAUCAUGGACCAAAUUUCCCAGCAUCCCUAGCAAAAGGGCUUUUUCAAGCUUUGUGUGCACAGAGGACAACAUCUUCAGCAUUGGGGGACUGCGACAGGGCCGGUUAUACCGUCAACCCAAAUUUAUGAAGAAUGUAGAUGUGUUUGACAUUGAGCAAGGGGGCUGGAUGAAGAUUGAACGGUCUUCCUUCCUGAAGAAGCGACGAGCAGAUUUCAUAGCUGGUUACUUGAAAGGAAGAAUCAUUGUAGCUGGAGGACUAGGAAAUCAGCCAAAUGUUCUGGAGUCAGCUGAGGCUUUUCACCCUGGCAAGAACAAGUGGGAGAGCCUGCCACCUAUGCCCACCCCACGGUGUGCCUGCUCUAACAUUGUGGUAAAAAACUGCCUUCUGGCUGUAGGUGGAGUGAAUCAGGGCCUGAGCGAUGCUGUGGAAGCACUCUAUGUGUCUGACUCCUAGCUGGUCCUUCUCCACCCCUUUCCCUGCAUUAAGCACCAGAGAAAGUGAUAGCUCGGCAGCUCGGUGUGUGGAGCCAACAGCCACCAGUCCACACAGGAGGACUUGGCACUGUUCCCUUAACCUGCCUCCCACUCAGCUGCUUUUCUGUAACCCUUUCACUGUGUAUG